AGUUCAGUGCAGUUUCAAGAAGGGAGGUGUGACAGCACCAUAAUUUUUGACAGAGAGAAUUGCCUGGAUUAUUGUAUAUGGUUAUUACUUGGGUUAUUAUUGUUUAGUGGAUUAGUCAAUGUCAAAAAUGUUUAAAAACUAGUUGCAAUAUUUUUGUCGGGCUGUAAGUAAUAUCUAUUUAACAUACGCGCUAAAUUUGGAGACGGCAACAAUUUAGAGAAGCAAAAAGUGGGUGGUGAUUCGAGGCUAGAAAUCCUAUAGUUAAGGAAUUUCGUCCCUUAACCGUUUCUGAUGAGCUCUGCCACUGUGUUUUUUGUGUUAGUAACAUGGCUGUACAAUUGGACAGCGGAGGAAAGGAUGAUUUAAAAACACAAUUUGUCACGAGAGAAGGAACGUAUCAACUGAUGACCUUGUCGGAAUAUUCUAGGCCAAAUAGGGUUGGAUACACAAAUAAUCAAGGCAGUGCUUCUGUCAGGGUUUCAUUUGUCACUUUGCCGGAUCCCACAGAUCCUACUGGCACUCAAGGACUUGGUGAUCGAAUGUGUUUCAAUUUUGGCAAGGAACUUUACGUUUACGUCUAUCGUGGCGUGAAAAAGGCUGUGGAUUUAAAUAAACCAGUUGAAAAGAAGUUGUACAAAGGAACCAAUCCCACUUGUCACAACUUUAAUCAAAGUGCUGCAACAGCUGAUGGUGCCCCACUUCUAGUCGGCUUUUCAACAGGUCAAAUUCAACUUAUCGAUCCAGUUAAAAAAGACAAUAGUACAUUGUACAAUGAAGAACGGCUAAUAGACAAAACAAAAGUUACUUGCAUAAAGUGGAUUCCUCAAUCAAGUAACCUGUUUCUCGUCUCUCACAGUUCAGGUCAACUAUAUUUGUACAACAAGGAACUUUUAUGUGGUACCACUUCGCCGCAUUAUCAACCAUUUAAAUCCGGUAUUGGCUAUGCUAUUCACACCUGUAAAACAAAAUCAACACGAAAUCCUUUAUAUCGAUGGGUUAUCGGAGCUGAUGGAUGCUGCAUAAACGAGUUUGCUUUUAGUCCUUGUGGAACGAAUUUAGCCGUUGUAUCUCAAGACGGAUUUCUCAGAGUAUUUCAUUACGAUACAAUGGAGCUUAUGGGUUCUGCAAGAAGUUAUUUCGGUGGAUUCCUUUGUGUUUGCUGGUCACCUGACGGUAGAUAUGUUGUUGUUGGUGGUGAAGAUGACCUCGUGACAAUUUGGAGCUUCAAUGAGAAGCGCAUUGUUGCUCGAGGACAAGGUCACCACAGCUGGGUUAGUGUCGUCGCUUUUGAUCCUUACACUACAUCCUAUGCAGAACAGGAUCCAGAUUUCAGUGGCUCGGAUGAUGAGAUCAUUCCACAACACAAUUAUCAUCACGUCCGGGAAAAAACAAUUAGGCCUUCGACUACUUCGCAAAGUGGACAAUCGAAUCGAAAUUCAUGUAGCUCCGAAAUUAGAGUUUCGGGAGGUACCUGCUAUAGAUUAGGAAGUGUUUCUCAAGACACCCAGCUUUGCCUCUGGGACAUUACAGAAGACGUACUACGACAACCUGUCUGUCCAAAGCAAAGGCCGUCGGUUGUAAGUUCCCUCUCUAAUGUUUGCAAUCCUACUAGCGGCAAUGGAGCCACGUCGAAUAAUUUCUCGAAUCAUAAAUACAAUAAUGUUAACAAUGUUCACCUGAAGGAAAAUGCCAUUAGCAACGAUGGUAGCAACAUUUCUAGUACGAAUACAGCUGUGUCAACAGUAAACUCUUUGACUCAAAGGUUAGCAGGACUGGGAUUUGGCGAACGCAAAAGCGAUAAUCACAAAAGAAAUUUUAGCCUCACCAUGAAAAACAACUCGGCAGGCAACAAUUCUGUAGUUUUAACCUGUGGAGGUGAUAAAGCAAGCAAUAACUCUAAUGGAAGCAAUAUGUACAGUGGCAGUGGAAAUUUAAGUUCGAGUAAAAAGUCUGGAUCGGCAACAGAUGAUCCCAUGAAAUUAAUAGGAACAGCUUGGUGUCCUCGAUUUGAUGAAUGUCCAGUACUGGAGCCGCUGGUGUGCAAGAAGCUUGCGCAUGAAAGACUGACUGAAUUAGUAUUUAGAGAAGAUUGCUUCGUGACAGCGUGUCAAGAUGGAUAUGUUUAUACUUGGGCGAGACCUGGUCACAUGGUAGGUCCUCUUACCAUCAGCAACACGCUGCAUAGACCGCAUCAUCAAAGUCACCCCUACACUAACAUCAAUUUUUCAAGAUCUAACGAUCUCUGAUGAAUCGAACAACCUAUUAGCGAUUCUACAUAAUGUUGAAUUUUUUAAUAUUAUUAUUUAAGGAAUUUGUACAUAUUAAUAUAUUCCAGAUUAACAUCUGUCCUACACAAGUUUACCUGCCUUAUUCAUUUCUAUUCAAAAGAAAUUGGAAAAAAGUUUAAAAACGUUAAUUAGGUUAUCAACAUCGGAUUUGUUAGUCCAAUUCUUGUUAAUUUUUAAUUACUUGAAAUUUUGAUACCUCCAUGUAUAUUUAAAUAAACUCGAACAAGUAAAUAAUUAUUGCAAUCAAUAGUAAUUAUUAUCACGAAAUCAUCACUAAUACGAAAAUUAUGAGUGUAAAUGAGUGUAAAUAAUAAUUAUAAUUAUAAUAGUAAUUGUAAUGGGUUACCCAUUUAGUAGACAAGUUCUUAGGCAGUCAACGUGGGAUAGGAGUUUUUAUACGGACAAAACGAGAGUGGUUUUUUACAUGGAGGUACCGAUUUAUACACUUUGCUAGCAACCAAAGAUCAAGAAAAAAAUUCAAGCUCUACUCAAUAAAGUCAUGUUAAAAUUUAAAGUUA